CAAAUAUAUUUGUUCAAUAAUUCUCUCAUUCCCUAUUUGCGAACUCGCCAUUCUCCGAUUCACGAAAGGGACCACCGCGUUUUUUCGUUGACUCCGCCAAAAACCCAAACUGCAGUUCAAACAAAUCCGAACCCAAGCAGGAAGAUCAAAGGGGGGAAAACUGAAAUAAACUGAGGGAUUUCGUGUUGUCAAAAUGUUGUUGAGUGUCCGUUCUCGUUGUUCCGGCGAUGUGGCGGCGGUUUGAGAUCUCACCGACGACUGAAAGGCCUCUUUGACUCAUCUCGGGGCCCAUUUUCGAGAUGGGUUCGAGUCCAAUUGGGGCCGGAGCGAGUGGAGCAGCGAGUAAUUGCGUUAUGAGCGGUGCUGCUGCGGUUACGGGCGGCGGCGGAGUUGGCGGCGGUGGCGGUGCCAAUGGUUCUAAUAGUAGCUAUGGUUGUGGAUGGAAGUGGCAACAGAGACACAUCAGACUUGUCUCUUCAGGGUUCGUCUUCUUCUUUGGAUGCUUCGUUUUGUUUGGAUCGAUUGCUACACUCUAUGCUUGGUUAGCUUUUACUCCUCAGUAUGUACGUACAAUCGGAGGCGUUUCUUCGCUUGGAUGUCAAGAAGAUAAUGAAGGUUCUUGGUCUAUUGGAGUCUUUUAUGGCGAUUCUCCUUUCUCCCUUAAACCCAUUGAAGACGCGAAUGUAUGGAGGAACGAAAGUGCCGCUUGGCCAGUUGCUAAUCCUGUUAUCAAUUGUGCUUCAGUUUCUAAUGCUGGCUUUCCUAGUAAUUUUGUUGCCGACCCGUUUCUUUUUGUUCAGGGAGAUACUAUUUACUUAUUUUAUGAAACCAAGAACUCGGUAUCCUUACAAGGAGAUAUAGGUGUUGCGAAAAGUGUGGAUAAUGGAGCAACAUGGCAGCAACUAGGUGUUGCUUUGAAUGAGAAAUGGCAUCUCUCUUUUCCGUAUGUCUUUGAACAUCUUGGUGAGAUAUACAUGAUGCCGGAAAGUAGUCAGAAAGGUGAAGUUCGUCUUUAUCGGGCGGUUAAUUUUCCUUUGAAAUGGGAAUUGGACAGAAUUAUUCUCAAGAAGCCCCUUGUUGAUUCAGUCAUCAUCAACCACAAUGGUAUGUAUUGGCUUUUUGGGUCAGAUCAUAGAGGGCUUGGUACCAAAAGAAAUGGGCAUUUGGCGAUUUGGUAUAGUAGCUCACCCCUUGGUCCUUGGAAGGCUCACAAGAGGAACCCUAUCUAUAAUGUAGAUAAAAGUUUUGGUGCUCGUAAUGGAGGCAGGCCGUUUGUUCAUGAGGGUAGCCUUUAUCGCAUUGGUCAAGAUUGUGGUGAAACUUAUGGCAAAAAAGUUCGUGUUUUCAAGAUUGAACUUCUUACAACAGAUAGCUACAAGGAAGUAGAAGUUCCGUCGGGCUUAGUAGAACCUGUUAAGGGUCGUAAUGCUUGGAAUGGUGUUCGCUACCACCAUCUUGAUGCUCAGCAGCUUAGUUCUGGUAAAUGGAUUGGGGUGAUGGACGGAGAUCGAGUACCCUCGGGUGAUUCAAUUCAUCGAUUUUUUCUUGGUUGUGCUUCAUUUGCUGUCGUUGCUGUUCUUGUUGUGUUGCUGGGUGUGUUACUUGGAGCAGUGAAUUGCAUUGUUCCCCUUAAUUGGUGUGUUUAUACUUCAGGGAAGAGGAGCGAUGCAAUCUUAACUUGGGAAAAGUCAAAUUUAUUUUCUUCGAAAGUGAGACGAUUUUGUAGCCGAGUGAACAGAGCACCUUCAAUCCUUCGAAGUUGGGUAAAAUCUAAUACUUGCACUGGCAGACUUGUUCUUGCUAUUUUAUUUGUAUUUGGAGUUGCACUGAUGUGUACUGCAGUGAAGUAUAUAUACGGGGGCAAUGGUGCCCAAGAAGCCUACCCGUUUAAGGACCACUACUCUCAGUUCACGCUACUCACGAUGACUUAUGAUGCUCGCCUUUGGAAUUUGAAAAUGUAUGUGAAGCAUUAUUCGAGAUGCUCAUCUGUUCGAGAGAUUGUUGUGGUGUGGAACAAGGGAACACCUCCAAAAAUAAGUGAUUUGGAUUCAAUUGUGCCUGUGAGAAUCAGAAGAGAAAAGAAGAACUCACUCAAUAACCGGUUUAACUUGGACCCUUCAAUAAAAACUCGAGCUGUUUUGGAGCUUGACGACGACAUCAUGAUGACUUGUGAUGAUGUUGAACGUGGUUUUAGGGUAUGGCGUCAGCACCCUGAUCGCAUUGUGGGAUUCUAUCCCCGGCUUGUCAAUGGAAAUCCUCUGCAGUACAGAGCCGAAAAAUAUGCCCGAUCUCAUAAAGGGUACAACAUGAUUCUUACAGGUGCAGCUUUCAUUGAUAGUCAAUUAGCUUUCCAAAGGUACUGGAGUGCAGCUGCUAAGCCAGGCAGGGAUUUGGUUGAUAAGAUUUUUAAUUGUGAAGAUGUUUUAUUGAAUUUUCUCUACGCCAAUGCAAGCUCAACUCAAACAGUAGAAUACGUGAGACCUGCGUGGGCAAUCGACACAUCGAAGUUCUCCGGUGCCGCUAUCAGCAAAAAUACCCAAGUUCACUAUCAGCUAAGAAGUGAAUGUCUCAACAAGUUUUCAGAGUUGUAUGCAAAUUUGGGGGAUCGGAAAUGGGGAUUCGAUGGGCGCAAAGAUGGUUGGGAUUUAUAACCGACGAAACAGUAUCUCCCAAAGAAUAGGUCUAUAACUUAUGUUUGACAUUGCUGGUCCUUCUCUCUCGCGUCGUUUUUAGUGAACUUCCAGUGUUGAGGCUCCUCCCCCUUGUGAAUUUAGUUGGGGAGUUUGGAUAUCUAUAGUUUCAGUCAGUGAGCUGUACAUUGCUUUGUCGUGGAUUGUUUUGCUUGUUUCGGAAACCGAUUCCACUUGGGGUGUGCCAGAUGGCUGUUCCUGAUUGGCUUCGAGACGUCAGCCAUCUCACCACCCCGAUGCUCCACAGAUCAGCGAGUUCCAACUACCUGUUGUUGUAGCUUCAAUUGUACCAUUUGCCCUCGUUUGAAGGACUGUAGUAGACCUGUACUUACAAAAAGGUAAAGGGUAACCAAAAGAAAGCUCUGAAUUAUCAUCAUGAAAGAAAAAAACACAGCCUUUUUUUUUCUUUUCUUUUCUUUUUAAUUUAUAUAUUCUCCCAUCUUUUUUUCUUUUUUGCUAGAAAUUUUAAUUUCCACUUUCUGGGUAGGCAUACUGAAACUAGUGUCUAGUUGUCCAAUUAAUGAAUGUAUUGUUUGAUUCA